UUUAACGUUAAAAGUUUUGCUGCUUUUCCAAAUGCUAGGUUUUGGGCGUUAUUUGUAUCGGUUAUUAGCAAAUCCAAUCUUUUCGAACCUUUUAAAUUUGCUUUGCCAAAAACGGUAAUUUUUCGAUUUGUUAAAAAUUUAACGAAUGCUUUUAAGGCUUUUUUAUUAAAGUAUUUUAAGCGUGCCAAGCUUAAACCCGGAAAGGAAAAGUUUACCGCUAUAAUAACGGUGUUCGAACAUAAACUUAAAAAUCCAAGUUUGGAUUCGAUCGUUGGAAACGGUUUAAAAUGCUUUUUUUAA